GCGGAUGAUGUCACGUGAGGCGCGGCGCUGCAGCUGCGCGGAGCGGCAGCCGCUCAUUGGCUGUUGUUAACCUCUGACCCUGGCAGCGAUGGCCGCGCUCUGCCGGGUUCUCAGGACGUGUCGGGUUGUCGGGAGGCCCCCGGGGCGGGGACACCGGACGACGCCGGCGGACGACGAGCGGUUGGGCCGGACGGCGGUUCGCGCCCUGGAGCGCGGCCCCGACUCCCUCCUGGUGGACGGAUUCAGCGGCAGCGGCUUCACCGUCGGCGGCAUCAGGGUGCUGGGGCCCUGCGCGCUGCUGCCGCCCGCCUGCUGCACUGGGACGUUGGGAGUUACAGAGACAUCACUGAGACAGUCUGGCAUUGUUUUACUUACUGGAACCCAAAAUAGACAUCCUGGUGCUGGGGCCUGGGUGACCGGGUGCAGAGGGUUGGACCCCAAGCUGCUGAGGUUCAUGAGGAGCAAGGGGGUCGCUCUAGAGGUAACUGGACACGGUGAGUCCAACACACACUGACUCUUGCUGGGGGACGGGUCCACACACACACUGACGCUCGCUGGGGGACAGGUCCCACACACCCACACCCACACACUGACCCUCACUGAGACCAUUAACCCUUCUAAUUCUGCUGCUUGGUAAGACUGUGGCUCAUCAUUUUUGUCAACACCACUUUCCUGUAGAACUUGUGAAGAUUCAGCUCUCUCAGGCUGUGGAGACUCCUCUGAUCUGUCCUGUACCACCCAUCCUCUAUUGGGUAAUAGUCCUGGAUCUAGUAAACCUUCUUCCUGCCUCAACCCCUUUAAGAAUAUUUUCCAUUUCAAAUUGGUUGCUCUCUGAUUUAUUUAAACUCUGUACAGGCUGAACCUGCGUCACCUCUUGUAGGAUAAACCCUCCAUCUAGUUACCAGGCAUCAGCCUGCUGAACUGCUGCUGUGUUCCCACCACUCUGUGCCCCAGGCUGUAGAUAACUGGAGGAACUCAGAGGGUCAGGCAGCAUCUGUGGAGGGAGAUGGACACUUGACAUUUCAGGUUGAGACCCUUCCCUCCACUGAUGCUGCCUGACCCCUCUGUUCUCCAGAUUUCCAACAUCUGCAGACUCUUGUGUCUUCAUGAAGCAAGAGUCAACCUUGUUAGUUGUUGAGUCCCCCAGUGGGCAGCUGAUUUCCUCUGAGGUUUUCAGUCGAUCGUAUCAACUUUAUUGUUACUUUGGUUUGAGGUUCUGGAUUAUUGAAUAGUUGGGGUUAAAUUUUCAUCUUGGACUCUCUGCUAGCUCAGUAAUUAACUACUUCCUGCCAUGUGUGUGUGGGGGGAUGAUAUUUUAAUGCUACCUCACUGUUCUUCUUUCCCAAGCCCAACGCCUGCGCCACCUUUAACUUCCUGACGAGUGAACGACCACGGUGUGGCAGCCGCACUGAUCCCACACAGAACAUCCCCACUGACAUGUAGCAGGAGCCACGGCAACUACCAAAGACCCAUGUGGGUUGUACAGAAUAAACUUUGUGUCAAGAAUA